GCCAUCAAGCACGAGGAGACGAAGAAGAGGGUGACCGUGUUGAUUUAAGAAGGAACACAAAAGAGACGAUUUGUAUCAAGUAAUUUUCUGCGUAUUCUAACGGAGGACUUUGACAUAACGCGCGUAAAACACCGCUAAUACAAAGAGGAGCAGAUUAAGGUGGCAGGUUUGCGUAUCAGGCCUGAAUUUCUGUGGAGGCUGUGGGUUGGUUGCAGCCACACUCACACUUCAGAGAGUGAUCUGGGUACCUGUGCUGAGGAGGCAGAAGGAAGGUCAAACGCCUGCAGCACUAAGGAAACGCACUCAAGACGCAACAAGGGUGAAAAGCUUUUUGGCUUUGGACUUGAGAACCCUUUGCAGGAUCUGUCCUUACGGAGCAACACCCGCUAAUGCAGAGGAAAUAAACUCAUUUACAGACUAUAUGAUUUGGGGAGGAAGCUCGUUUUUUCCAGUGGAGGAAGACUGAGGAACUUUUGGACUCAGAGUGGAAACAGUCAAUAUUAUUGAGUUAAAGACAAAACGAAAGAAGUUUUGAACUGAAAUCACAUUGAAGCAUCUUUCCCCCGCGUGCAGAUUGCCUUAGUUGUUCUAUUUCAGGACUUUGAACUGCUUUCAUACUUGUUCACAUAUAAUUUUCUAUACUGUGAAUGAGUAUAUUCAUGCAUUUGAAUGCAGAUUUAUCUUCAUUUUGAAGAGCUCUUGUGUAAAAACUUUUGUCGUUGUUGUGCGUCAGUCGCUCUGUUGUUGAAGGGGACCGAACUGCACGUACAUGUGUAUAUGUAAAUAAUCCACUUCUGUUGCAGCGCUUUGGACGUGAAAAGAACAGAGAAUAUUGUUUGCUAAUGCUUUAUUGGACUUUUUUUUUAUUUUUGAAGAAAAUUUUUAAAAACUGAAAACCUAAGAGGCAAAAACCUUGUAGCAGGAGAGGAGGAAAACGAAAGGAAAAAAAAAAAGAAAUCCCAACGAACUUCAGGAAAAAAUGGCAACCGCAAGAACGGAGAACGUUGGGCCAAUGGUCAUGGGACUGAACAAGCAGAACGGGCAGCUCAGAGGACAGAACAAACCCCCCGCAGUUCAGCCAGCGCCCCCUGGUCAAGGAAAGGGUUUCGGUGCCCAUCAGAAGGCAGGCGGCCCACCUCAGGACGGUGGAGGCAUCAAGUUUGGAGACGACUGGAAAAGGAGCCUGCUGCUCCCCCCGAAAGACAACAGGGUCAAAACUUCAGACGUCACAGCCACAAAGGGGAACGAGUUUGAAGACUACUGCCUCAAAAGGGAGCUGCUGAUGGGCAUCUUUGAGAUGGGCUGGGAGAAACCUUCACCCAUCCAGGAGGAGAGCAUCCCGAUUGCUCUGUCUGGACGGGACAUUCUGGCUCGAGCCAAGAACGGGACAGGAAAAAGUGGGGCGUAUCUCAUCCCCCUGCUGGAGAGGAUAGACCUGAAGAAAGACCACAUCCAGGCCAUCGUCAUGGUGCCCACACGAGAGCUGGCUCUGCAGGUGAGCCAGAUCAGCAUCCAGAUCAGCAAACACAUGGGAGGGGUCAAAGUCAUGGCCACCACAGGCGGCACCAACCUGCGGGAUGACAUCAUGCGUCUGGAUGAGAUAGUGCACGUGGUCAUCGCCACUCCCGGAAGGAUCCUGGACUUGAUAAAGAAAGGCGUGGCCAAAGUGGAUAGAGUGCAGAUGAUAGUGAUGGACGAGGCGGAUAAGCUGCUCUCUCAGGACUUUGUGGUGCUCAUCGAGGACAUCAUUAGCUUCCUGGCCAAGAACAGGCAGAUCCUGCUCUACUCAGCAACCUUCCCCAUGAGCGUUCAGAAGUUCAUGGCAAAGCAUCUGCAGAAACCGUACGAGAUCAACCUGAUGGAGGAGCUGACCCUGAAGGGUAUCACUCAGUUCUACGCCUACGUUACAGAGAGACAGAAGGUCCACUGUCUCAACACUCUGUUCUCCAGGCUGCAGAUCAACCAGUCAAUCAUCUUCUGUAACUCCACCCAGAGGGUGGAGCUCCUGGCCAAAAAGAUCACUCAGCUGGGAUACUCCUGUUUCUACAUCCACGCUAAGAUGAUGCAGGAGUACAGGAACCGAGUCUUUCAUGACUUCAGGAACGGGCUGUGCAGAAACCUGGUCUGUACUGAUCUCUUUACCAGAGGCAUCGACAUCCAAGCUGUGAACGUGGUCAUCAACUUUGACUUCCCAAAAAAUGCAGAGACGUACCUCCAUCGCAUCGGAAGAUCAGGGAGGUUUGGUCAUUUGGGCUUGGCCAUAAAUCUGAUCACGUCAGAGGACCGCUUCAACCUGAAGGCCAUCGAAGAGCAGCUGGUGACAGACAUCAAGCCCAUCCCCAGCAGCAUCGACAAGAGUCUGUAUGUGGCUGAAUACCACUCAUCCGGCGCCGACGGUGAUGGGGAGGACAAACCGGAGCGCCAGCAGGACAGCACCUAAACCAGAACCGCAACACACCGGGCUUUUGCACAGACAAGCUUCAAGCAUCAAGCUUCAGGCAACUCUUCAUUUUCACAUCCACCCCUCGUUCUCCAGCCUCUCAAGAAGCUGUUUUAUUAUUAUUUUUUUUCCUGAUUUCCUCAGACCAAUGCCUCCUUCUGCUAACUGAAUGUUGUUUUGCACCAAACUUAACCCACAAACAUAUUUUUUUCCAAACCUGGGUGGUCUGGGCUCACAGAAGCAGCUGAGCUCUCUGAAGUUUUUCCUCCGCAGGUGGUUUUUCUCCCCAGCAGCAGGUGUUACUCCGCUCCCGACACGCGCUCCCUCCAGCCCUCCUCCUGCUCUCAUGCCAGUGAAGUGCCUUACUCUCCCCCCCCAUAGCCCGCCGCCGCCUUCUGUCGCGCAGCCGAGUGAGCACAACGUUAAUAGAAAUCCACGUUCAGUUAAACGGCUUUUAUGCAAGAAAAACAGCAGCAACCAUCCCCAAUAUGAGCAUUUUUAUUUUUUUCCCCCUGUAAUGUAAAUGUUGCAAUAAUAACGGCAGCUUUAUUUAAACACUGCGCGACUGUUUCUGCCCUCCUUUUAUAUAAAUGAUAUAAUGAUCUGCAUUAAAUCGGAGAGUUUUCUGAUUCAGAACGUCGUCAGUGAUCUGCUGCUGGUGGAUGAAAACCACCUCUUGACCUGAGUGGGACCAAUUCAAUCCGCUGCAGAUUCUUCAUUGCUUUUUGAGUUGGGUGCUAAAUAACAGUCUUUUUUUGUGUGUUUCUCACCACCUCAGUUUCUUGUUUGUGUUGUGCAAAAGAGCGUUGGCCCGGUUGUGACGCGGUUGGGAGGGUUGGAUUGCAGCCUCAAAGCAAGCCUGCUUCAUGCUCACAAGUUUACCUCCAGACCUUGAUGGUCUGUGAAAAACUACGGAGGGAAGUCUGUCUCAUGAAAUCACGCCUCUCAAACGUGCGCAAGCCUUUUGCACACGUUUAGGUAAGCGUGUUUGCAAUAAAACUACGUUUUAUAACACGCCAAGUGUUCACAUUCGUGCUGCCUCCAAGUUCAGAAAAAGCUGGGACAUUUGCUCGUCACCUAGUUGUAACUUUGGUUUCUGGGUUUUCUGACUGCUAAAGAACUACUUGAGUAGAUGACAUGCAGAAGAUAUUAAAAUUAAAAUAUAUAUAAACCGCAAGCUUAUCUAUGAUCCAUAGAAAAGGGAUCAGAUCAUAAUAAUGUGACUUAUUCCAGCUUUUUACAGGCACUUGAAUGCAGCAUGCGUUUUUGGGGUUUGAGAGUUUGCACGUUUAUUGACUUGGUUCACACAAAAAUAAUCUGAAGCAAAGCAAACGUUUGUGAAAAUGCUGCACACGUGUUCCGGUGAGCACGUGGUUGCCGCCUUCUGCAACAUGAGACAAACUUCCCUCCGUUUGGUAAAUCAUACAAGUCAGUUUUGAUUUUUACAGAGAAAUGCUGAAGAGACUUGUUUGAUGUCAAGGCAGAGAAACUCAGUCCCCACACUGUGAGAGUAAACUGAAUGAACAGCAGUUUUUGGGUUUUUUUAUUGCUGCAGAAUUUGUUGUGCUGCCGUGUUUUUCCAAGCAUCUGUCAGACGAGUCAACAGAUAUUAAGCAGAUGGGUUCUGUCAAAAGAAAAAUUGAAGCCAAGCUGUGUAAACUUUGAUUCAGGUUCAUUCAGUAAAUCCCAAUCCUGAGCAGAACAUGUGAGCGCCUUUCUCUCUUCAGCACACGGUGCUGUCGUUUCAGAAACCCCCCUUUCAGGUUUGUUUUUCGUUGAGUCAUAACUGGACGUGAACCGGGACCAGAGUGAUGAAUUGGGCUCCGGCCUCUAACGGACCACGCCGGAAAUUGGUUUCUUUCUCCAGCAGCAAUAACUUUCCUGCGUCUGCACAGUUUUGUAGAUUCUCAUCCAUGUGAGCGUUGUCUGGUUGGACUCUGGAUUCAGCAGCAGAAUUGUAGCAUAUUUGAACAGGCAGCUGUGACUUCUCCAGUCCUCCCUUACAGACCACCAAUAACGAGUUUAAAAGACAAUUGGAAAAAAACACAUUUAUUUUAGCUUUUGAAGAUCUAUUUUUGUUUCCUGGAGGAGUGUAUGUCCAAAAUAACUUUUUUUUUUGUUUUUUUUUUUAUGAGAUCAUUUGGGGGAAUUUUUUUUUUUUUUUUUUUUUUUUUUUGCAGUGGCCAAGUGUUUCGAUGCACGGGCAUCUCGAGUUUCCUCUGUUGUCUUUCAUCACGAAAAAGAGCUCUGAUUGAACUUUUCGUUCACACCCAAGGUUUUGAAGAGCGGCCCAUCUUCUGAGACCCCCGUCUUUCAGAACCAGGUUGUGUGGGACGAUCAGAGCGGCUCUUCGAUUUCGUAGUCGUGCUUCUGCAGGACUUUCUUCAUCUGACGUGUUCGAGGUCAUUUUGAGGCGACAUUUAAAUUGUAAAUGAAUUAAUGUUUACGGGUCGUUUACAAUAAAGAUAAAGAGAAAUGUUUGCUUCAGGAGAGGACGAGGGCGCAGUUUUCCUGCUUUUGAGAUGGAGUUCAAGAUUUAGAUCGAAGCAAAACCAAAAAUGUGUGUUUGUGUGUUUAUGCAUUUGUGUGGGCAUAAAUACAAAAAGGUGUGUGUGGGUGCAAGUGGUGUAAAUGUGUGUCUGGUGUGCACGCCAUGUCUGUUUUUUGCAGGUUUCUUGCCUGUUGGUUUGGAUGGAUGCGAUUGCUGUUUUUUGUUUGAGUCAAGGUUGCAUGUAGGUGAGUUGUGCUUUUGUGUGCACACAUGUUCAUGUUUUGUCUGGUUCGAAUGGCCCGAUUGUUUUCUUCUGGGAUGCAAUUUUCUUUUCUUUUUCUCCAAAAUUCUUUGUUUUUCUUGGUUCUCUGUUCCACUCACGUCUCAGGAGCUCGAGUCUUUCAACUUUAGAUAAAACAUGAGGUUUCUGUUGGAUUCUUGUGACCCUUAUUGUGUUCUCUUGUUGGGUGAUGUCACUGACAGUUUCUGCGUUUGUCAGAAUUUUCCCAUGUUAAAACUGCAUCCUUGCGAAGUUCCUGUAUUGUUGUAGCGUUCCCGACAGAGACCUCCUGUUGGGGGUGCGUCCUUGACGGAGGCCUUUUGUUGUGGCCGUGGCCCUGAUGGAGGUUGUCCGUUGGGAUUGCACCCCUGAUGGAGGCCUUCUUUUGCUGGCACGGCCCUGACCGAGGCCUUCUGUUGUGGCCAUGUCCUAGACCUAGGUCUUCCGUUGCGGGGCGCAUCCCCGGCGGAGGCUUUCUGUUGCGGGGCCCGUCCCCAGCGGAGUGCAUCCUUUUGCGGGACGCAUCCCAGAUGGAGGCCUUGCGUUGUUGGGCGUGUCCUUGGCGGAGGCCUUCCGUUGCGGGGCGCAUCCCCGGCGGAGGCUUUCUGUUGGGGGCGCGUCCCCGACGGAGGCUUUGAGUGGCAGUUGUUUCCCUGGCAGAGAAUUGUUGCCAUCACGUCUCAGGCAGCAGCACUCCACCUUCCCUGCGAGUCGGGUCAAUGGUCACCUCCUAGAGGUUACUCUGAAAGAAGUUUUGAAUGUAGAGCGAAUGGUUCUGUCUGUUGGCUAAGUGUGUGUCUGUGUGUGUUUUUGUGUGUCGGCACUCCUGCGUGGUGUGCCGACUCGUGGGUGGAAUCUCUUAAAAGGAAAACAAAAAUUCUAAAAAAUGGGGAUGGUUCGGGGUCUAAGAUAAAAUCCUCCUGACAUGAAGAAUUUCUAACAGUUGUUGUUUAUUAGCAUCAAACUUGCUUCUGACACAUGCAGGCGGAGGAGCAACACCAAAAAGAGCAGUUCUAAAGCGGCAUCUGUUUAAAUAAAUUUGGUUAUUUCAGGUUUUAUUUGUUACUGGAAAAUUUUUUGACCUGAUUGUUUUGGUCUGAAAGAAAAGAGCAUUGAAAACAAAAGUUUUUGUUUUAGUUGAGCUAUCAAACUUUUAUUUUCUCCCCUUAUUGUUUUGGUUCAUUGCAACUGACCGCUCUGCCCUCUACAUGCAGGAGUUGUGAAAUUUAAUAAAUUGGCCUGAAUUUACUUGGA